AUGGGAGGAUUAGGCUAUUUGGUUGAGCUGCUGGGAAAAGCCCAGGAACAUUCGACUGCUGUGGGCAAGGUCUGGCUAACAGUUUUAUUUAUUUUCCGCAUCAUGGUGCUGAAAUCUGCCGUUGAAGAUGUGUGGGACAAUGAGGAGUCUGAUUUCCUCUGUGACACCAACCAACCUGGCUGCGAGGCCAUCUGCUACGACAAAACCUUCCCUAUCUCUCACCCUUGUUUCUGGGUGAUGCAGAUCAUCUUCGUCUCUACCCCUACUCUUGUUUACCUGGGCCACAAGGUUCAUCUGCUGCACAUGAAGAGGAAAAAGCAGCACUCGGCCAGUCAGGACGAUCGUGAGAAACAAUCACUGUGCAACCAGACUGAAGAGGCUCCAUCUAUGGAGAAGCAUGAUGAAGAGCUUCUGAAAAGAAAACUUUUCUACACGUACACCUUCAACGUUAUCUUCAAGAUAAUAUUUGAAGUGGUGUUUAUCGUAGGUCAGUACUUCCUGUAUGGGUUUAGACUCAAACCCAUGUACACCUGCAACCGCUGGCCUUGCCUCACCACAGUGUACUGCUACAUCUCCCGACCCACGGAGAAGACGCUCUUCAUCGUUUUUAUGCUCAUCGUUGCUUGUGUGUCCCUGCUGCUCAAUCUGGUUGAAGUGUUCUACCUUUUUUACAAGAAAAACCCAUCCAGUGUUCUCUGA